UUGUGUCCUUCAUCCAAACGAUCCCUAUCGGGGAUCAUAUUUUAUCUUCGUAUCCACAGUGAUGUAUCUGUCCUUGAAGCAUCUAUUAUGAAUGAUGCUCUAAGCUGGAGCGUGGAGCGACUCGCAGGGAAGUACCUACAGGACCACACAGUAUCUGGUGCUGACCCGGUUUCAGAUGUUGCUUUUUUGGGUUCACGCUGUCCUUACAAAGAAAUCACCACUCAUUAGUUCCUGGCCCUCAUUUGGGAGUUCGUUUUCAAGCUAAAGAGGACUAAACAAAUUCUUAAAUUUAUAAUGAGUAAAGUUUGGCCGGGGGGCGGCCGACCUGUGAAUGCUGUUCUGUAGCCACGUGAACCGGCUGCCAAGAUCACAGCCGUAUUUUUUCAGCGUUUUGUUGAGCUAUAUAAAGAUCGCAGUUUCUUCUGCGGGUUCUUUCAUAAAAACGUUCUUGGAUUUAAACUCAAACGUAAUCUUAAAUCCACUUUCCACGUUGUGUUUACGUUUGAUUUAUUUAAAAACUCUGCGAUCGAAAAAAGUUGCUUACGUUGGUAAAACGUCACGUAGGCCUAUCUGCAUAUUACGCGCCUGUAAUAUUUAAAUAUCAAAUGAAUUUCAGUUUGAUCUUACGUGCUUAACAAUUAACCCGUCCUGUGGAUGCAGCCAAUAACAGCCCUCUAAAUAAGGUUGCAUUUCAACAUUCCUUGCACUCCGCGUGUCUAACAUCAAUUAUCAAUUAAACACAAUAAAAUGGUUUACUCAUGCCCUUCGCUGGACUCGUAGCCUACUCUGUUAGAGAUGAAUUAACUAAGCGCCCGACUCUCGAACACAGUCCACGGGGAUUUGCGAGCUGUCCUCAAACGUGCUGUAGCUUACCUCCACAUAACCAGCAGGACCAGAAGAGGAGCUACAGAGCGGUGCAGUCCUGCGAGGAGGGGGGGGCAGGCGGGCCCUAUCAGGAGCCCCUAGUGGCACUGGCCCAGAACUGCGCCCUCAUGCACAACGUGCUGGGGCCCGCCUGCAUCUUCCUGCGCAAGGGAUUCGCAGAGAGCCGGCAGGCUGACAGAGAGCUGAGACCAGAGGAGAUGGAUGAACUGCGGGAGGCCUUUAAAGAGUUUGAUAAGGAUAAGGAUGGUUUCAUUGGUUGUAAGGACCUGGGGAACUGCAUGAGGACCAUGGGGUACAUGCCCACAGAGAUGGAGCUGAUCGAGCUGAGUCAGCAGAUCAACAUGAACUUGGGGGGCCACGUGGAUUUCGAGGAUUUCGUGGAGCUGAUGGGCCCCAAACUGCUGGCUGAGACCGCAGACAUGAUCGGGGUGAAGGAGCUUCGGGACGCCUUCAAAGAGUUUGACACAAACGGAGAUGGAGAGAUCAGCACAGCAGAGCUCAGAGAAGCCAUGAAGAAGUUAUUAGGACAGCAGGUGGGACACAGAGACCUUGAGGACAUUCUGAGGGACAUUGACCUGAAUGGCGAUGGACAUGUAGACUUUGAAGAGUUUGUGCGGAUGAUGUCACGCUGACGGAGGAGAAAAGGGUCUGUGAUGUGCUUCAGGACUUUGAUUGACUGGAGAUUCUGGCCCCUCCCCUUUCAUGGCAACAGGGGGACGCUGCCUGAGAGGGAGAGAGGGUGCCGUGCACUGAGCCUGCUUUCUUGAGCUAUGCUAUAAAUUAACCUCUGACCUCUAACCUCUGAACCGUGGAGAAAUCCGACGCCACAGCCGCCAUCUCGUCCGUCCCCCAGGCAGGGAGGGGGCGUCGAGUGGAAUAGCAAUGCAGCCCAUGAGCGCAGGAUUCAAACCUGCAACCCCUCUGACCCCCGACUCCAGUUCCCACUGGACUCUAUCAUAUGCUGCUCUUGUUUCACUCUGUAUCCAUGACAACUGCACAGCCAGACUCCACCCACAGAGACAGUGCCACCCAAUUCCCCCCCCCCGUGCAUGUCUUUCCUGGGGGGUCCACCGGGUCCCUCCCUUCCCUGAAUGGCAAUACAAUUUCCCAGAAUUCAGUGUUUCUGUGUGUUCUGUUAUGUGUGCGUAUUCUUUUCGUGUUUGUGUACACAUACGUGUGGGUGUGUCUGUGUGUACCGAGUAGAGAGUGAUGUGAUGCAUUUGUUCCUGCACACGCGUAAAGCUGACGCAGUUAAACUGAAAUGACUGUCUCAAAGAAAGGUCACCAUCCAGCUCAUGACACACGGUGCACGCUGUUAUUCAGUCUAGUGUCCAGAGUGACUUUUAGAUGUGGUUUACAUUUUUCCUUCCUGUAGCAUCUAAAAUUCACAGUAUCAUGUACAAAAGUGCAAAUGAUUCUGACUGCAAUGCACUAUGUUAUAAUUAUAUCAUUACUAUGUUGAAAUGACAGUGUUAUUAUGUUGUUAUUAUGUUAUUUAUUUAUUUUGAAGAUGUCUGAAUUUGCAUUAUGCACUGUAUAUUUAAUAUAUAACCAUGGUUAUGGUUUGGUUCCAGCUGAAGGUAAAUUUAGAUAAGAUGCUUUACUAAGAUACAUUUCAGCUGAAAAGACUGUGUUCUGUUCGGGAUUUGAACCUGCAACCCUGAGGGCAGAGCCCAGUGCUCUAUCUGGAGGUAAAGCAAUAGUGCUUUUAUAUGAUGAAUUUGUCGAAGUGAAAGAGGGACUUUCUUAACUUCUCCACUGUGUGUUUUAUGUACCCGAAUCAGAGUCUAUUUUUCUCUGGGAGUUUAUCUUUGUCCUAAAUACGUUUUGUGUGUUUUUAUGCAUGCCAAAAAAAACAAAGGACAAUGCCUGUUCUUACCUGUCAAAAUACAAAUAAAGAGAAUAAAUACCA